AGUCGGUUAACUUGAUUCGCAGUGUUCACGAGUUGGCCGUCCGACAAGUGCGAAGUUUAUAGUUAAAAAUCUGUGACAAAAACUGCAAAAAUAAUGACAAACUCAAGUGGACAAACAAGGCAGCGGUUCCAAUGAAAAGGUGCCAAGUAAACAAUCAACAAAUCAACUGAAAACAAAUAACUGAAAACGGAAACGUCGCAACAAUUGUUAAGCCCUAAGCUUUUAAUUGCCUUACGCAGUGUUUGAGUGAUUGCUGCGAAAAUAUGCCGAUGUUACCAACGAUUGAGGAAGAGGCCAAGUUGUCCUGGCUUCGGAUUAUGUGGAAAUAUCGCCAGCAGUUUCAGUCCAUGGCCUCGGCAUCAAUUGUGUUCGUGGGCUGCGGAAUGCGUUUGGCCUGGUCAAUUUUUGAUACCCCCGCCGGAAAGUUCCUCAAUAACAACAACACCCACAAUCUGAUGAUGAGCUGGUUCAUUGGCGGCGCACUCGGCGCCCUUUUGGCCGCCCUAUUUGUGCAGCGUGUCACCAAAAAUGUGGCCUAUACCUCCAGUGGCUUCCUGAUGAUCAUGGCUGGCAUUCUGAACAUAGCUCUGCCCCAGCACUUCCUGGCCGCCUGCUACAGUAGCGUGAGUGUGGGUGCGGCCUACGGGUUGACCCAGAUCCAGGCUCUGGUCACAGGAUCCGAGGUGGCCCACAAGUCCAUUCGCGGAAUGCUCCUCAGUUGUGAGAAGGUCUUCCUGUGGCUGGGCGUUUGUGUCCAAGUGUUCUACACUCGAGUGUGGCACAAUCUGAGGCCACUGGACUCGCAGGGCUAUGAGUUGCACAUUGAUCAGCUGCACGGAAUAGCGAUGGCAGGUCUGGGAUUGGGGGCAGUUAUCCUGGCACUGGCCCAUCGCCUGGAAUCUCCCCUUCUGCUGUUGCAUCAGGAACGGGAUAUGGCAGUGGGUGAUACUCUGAAGGCUCUUCAUGGUCAAUCUACCACGGAAUUGGUGCGAUUGCGAGAGGACUGCCGACAACUGCACAGUGCUCGGGAUUGGGAGCGAUUUGUGGAGGAGCCCGAGGAAUCAGUGGCUUGUUGGAAAAUAUGGGCCAGACGAUUCCUGCCCUUUCUCAAGGUCCUGCUCCUGCGAUGUUUUGCCACACUGGCCGUGUCCUUGAGCUACAAUCGAGCUUUUGUGGUGGUCAGUUGGCAUGGCCUGGAAUGCGAUAUGAACUGCAUGUAUUGGCUGGCAUUCGCGGGUCUCAUUGGCAGUAUUUUGGGAGCCUUCGUUGUUGAUCGACAGGGUCGCAGGAAACUCUGUUCCCUAUCGCUUUUCCUGGCGGGCAUUGUGAUUGUAAUGGUUGGUGGCGUCUUCGAACACUUGGAAUCGGUGAAGAGAACAUUCUACGAUAUAAAUUUACAAGCCAUUGCUCUUUUAAUGCUCCUAUUUGAGGUGUUAGUAUCCGGGGGCGUGGCAUUGCCCGCCCUAAUCUACACAGCAGAGGCUUUUAGUAUUGCCCACAAGGCCAGAUGUUUGGCUGGGAUUCUAAUACUGGAACAGUUGCUCCAACUGGGACUCCUUGUGGCCACCUUCGAGCACUACAUCACCGUUUCGGUGUUCUUCUUCACGAUCGGUGGUCUUAGUUUUAUAGUGGGCCUAAUCGUAUUUAUGCUUAUGCCAGAAACCAGGCAACUGACACUCUACGAGUGCCUGCUCAAGUUCAAGAAAGUUCCUUAAGGCGUCGCCAUAUCUCUAAGUGCCCAGUAUCUAUUGUCUCUGCCUAUCUGUUAUAUAUUUUUACGUACUCUACUAUAUAGUAUAUUCUAUUCAUUGGAGUGAUUGUUCAUGUGCAUAUCAUUAUCUAUCAUAUACUUUUCCCAAACGAUUUCAUUUUGCCGUUCUGGAAGCCUCAUAUAAAUAGUGACUAAACAAAAGAAUUUCCUUUUUUAUCUUCUGCCAGAAACAUAGCAUAAAUAAAGCCCAGAUAAAGAUUUAAUAAUUGUGAAUUGUCUUAGUUAUAUAAGAAUCUAUUGAAUAAUUAUUUACUGUCA